AGUAUGAGUAAGAAGAUCUGUAAGCUGUCAGAUUUAGUAUUUCUCUACUGAAGCUUUGCAUCAUUACACCUGGGAUACAGAGGGACAGCCCACUAAUUCAGGUUGCCUAUGAUGAUGGGAUUUUUUUUCGGGAUGAGGACAAACCUCUAAGUGCCCUUGCCUUUGGAGCCCUACAGGCGAUUUAACAAGAUAACGCAAGUAGAUUUUCGUCAGGGAAAACUGACAGACGGGAGGGUGACGAGUGAGAAACUGUUGGUGAAAGACAGUGCCAAGAAUUUAAAGAUCACUUUUCUACAACUUUAUUAUACUCUAUACUUUUGUAAAUAAUUUCAUCAGAGAUUUUGGAAGUUGUAAUAACAUGACGAUGCUGCCCGACUGUGGGCUCCAUACGAUAACGCUAGCUCUACUUCUUCUAAUCGGUCCUCUAGUGGUCAGAGGGCAAAAUGACACAGAGCCCAUUGUGCUAGAAGGGAAAUGUCUGGUGGUUUGCGACUCAACCCCCUCUUCAGAACCGGCAGGGAAUGCGCUGGGCAUGUCUGUGCGUUCAGGUACUGGUCGUGUGGCCUUCUCUGCCACUCGUCAGACCAACCACGAGCCCACUGACAUGAGCAACCGCACCAUGAUCAUCUAUUUUGACCAGAUCUUGGUGAAUGUGGGUGGACAUUUUGACCAGGAGAGCAGUAUCUUCCUUGCUCCGAGACGAGGAGUGUACAGUUUCAAUUUCCAUGUGGUGAAGGCAUACAACAGACAAACCAUACAGGUGAGCUUGAUGCUGAACGGAUGGCCGAUGAUCUCUGCCUUUGCUGGAGACCAGGAUGUGACACGAGAAGCUGCCACGAAUGCUGGGCUUGUGAUCAUGGAAAGAGGAGACAAGGCUUACCUCAAGCUAGAAAGAGGAAACCUGAUGGGAGGCUGGAAGUACUCAACCUUUUCAGGCUUCCUGGUCUUCCCCUUAUAAAGGACAGCCAUAUGGUGAAGAGAAGAGCAGGGAAGUGAGAAGGAAAGAGAGAUGCGUGCUCUUUGAAGAUAUAUUUUAUAAAUCUUAUUUGUUGUUUUGUUUAAACAGUUGUCAGAGCAGAGAAAAUAAGAAGUUGCAAAUAAUUA